GCACCUUCUCCCACCACCGUCCUCCGCCGCGAAGCCACCCCCCCACCUCACGCGGCUACGGCGAGCCGAGACCCGAAGAGGCCCGAGUAGGCGGCGCCGCCUCGACCGGGAGGUGGUGGAUCGAGGUUUGCGCUCGCCGACGACCCCCACCCGAUCGCCCCGCCGCGAUGCCCGCCCUGCGAAGGUAAGUAGAGAAAUGCAGUAGGAUGCAACGCAAAUGCGGCUCGCUUGUUCUCAGGCUCUCAGCUUUGCUUAUCUCUUAGACAGUGCACACUUUUAUCUUCUGAGCUUUGCUAGAGCAGGCAUGGUUUGGUUUGCUUGUUCUUGCUGAAUGUCACGGUUGGACCGAAGGAGUGCAUGAAACUUCGAUUUGGAUGUCGCCAGUGAUACAUAUAGGUUGGUUUCUUACCGAUGUAGACUUUAUAUUAUACAUCUCAUGUAGCGGUAUGGUUGGAACAUAGGGAAAAAAAUAGCCCCUCAUAGUAGAAUCUGUUGAGGAAAAAAAAAAGUACCCCUCAUAUUACAAUCUCAAGGAAUUUUACUGUACUUGAAAAAGUACCUUAAGGUACCUAAAUUUUACAUUAAAAUUUUUGGUACCUAGAGAUAUUAAAUUUUACACUAGAAAAUAUGAUACUUUCUCAAGCAUGAUAAAAUUACCCUACAAUCUUAUACAGACAAUGCACUAAGAUUUGGUUGUGUAGUGCGCGGGUCUGUAAAUACUGACAUGUAAUGUUGGAAAUGCCGGUUUUAUAAGCUAAUACUAGCAUUUUUGUAAUUGCUUACAUGGCGGAGGCAGAACCAGAUAUUUUGGUGAGGGAACACUUCAGAAUGAGGAAUUCUGAACCUAUUAAUUCUUUGGAUGUUUCUCAUCUAAAUACUAGUUAACUUCCUAGAUCUCAUCACAGAAAUGUGAUGGCUUAGACAGGACGGUAUAGAAAAUUAACAAUAUCGACCAACAAUUUUCUUGUAAUAUAUUUUGAGAAAAAAAAUCUAACGAUAUUUAUGCUACGAAAAAUCUUUCCCAACACUUAUACAUACAUAUUUCAUAUGGAUUGUCCAAAAGUUCAUUAAAAUCAGAAUAAUUUUGUUGCUAGCUAGCAUGCCACUUUUUCACCAGAGGGAUUGAUCUGCAAUCUGCACCAUAAAAAUACAGGAGGUAGUACAAGUGGGCUUUCUAUUUUCUUACAAGAUUAUAGGAAAGCGGGAAGUCAGACAAGUAGGGAGCACUUCCCUUUGAGUGGAAAAAUUGAGCCACAUAUAUACAAAUUUGCAGUCAGAAGACUUAGCAACAAAGUACUGCAAGUAGGCGUAGUUAAAUCAAAUGAGUGCUGUGCUGUCCACAUCCAUAGUCUGGACAUAACUAAUGGCAUUGACUGGUUCCCAACUAUGAAAUUUCUUCAGAGAUACUCCAUCUAGUCCAGUCACCCUCAAGACAAUUAACAAAGCUGCAGACUGAAGAUGCCAUUGUUACAGGUACUAGAACUGUGCCUCCUAUUUAGAUGCACAAGAUUUGGGAUCCUGAUGCAUAUGAGCCUGUGAUAUAGUUACAUUGACAUGUGCAUGGAGAGGAUUUUUUUCCUUUGUGUGCUUCUACAGUAGCCAUCUUCAUCUUGAAUCUCUCUUUGUGUUGCUUCUUCUCUUGCAAAUUUUUACGUGCAUCUCCAUAUGCUGUAAUAUACUAAUCUCUCCAUAGAGAUCUUUCUCUAUAGCUUCUGUUAUGGCACUAGUGUUUGCUGGAAAGGCAGUGGCAACUGCAGCCAUCUCCUUCUGGAUCAACAAGGCUUUCACCUACCUGAAAGAGUACAAGGUUGAAGGCAUCGAAGAUAUUAAGAACAGGCUACUGCAGUCGAUGCCGAAGAUCCAGGUCGUUCUCGAUAUUGUCAAUCCCAGGUAUGUAAAGGAACAGAGCAGUGCACUAGAUGCAUGGUUAUGGCAGCUCAGGCACGCAGUUGAGGAGGCUGAGGACGUGAUCGAUGUGCUCGAGUACUACAAACUCAAAGAAAUGGCAAAGGACCACAAGGUUAGUGUCUGGGGUUCCUCUUUCUCUAAGGUGAAGCACAAAGUUAUUAAGUCUGUUAAACAUGUCAGUAUUUUGGACAAGAAUUUGAAACAAUUUACUCACCGGGGCACUCUCAAGAGGUUGAGGGAAGCUGUGGAGGGUUUAGACAAGGUUGCUUCAGAUAUUAUGAGCAUUCUCACAGUCACAGAACAUCUCAAAGAGGUUGCUUCGUGUAGUCAGCAGCAGGAGUAUUCAACGAACGAUGAUCGUGCGACAGGUUUGACAUUAACUCCACCUAAAUUUGUUGGACGAGAAAAGGAGAAAGAAAAGAUAGUUAGAUGGCUGACAAAGGCAUCAACUGACGCUUCUGGAAAUUUGAUGAGCACUAACCAUAUUCCUAUUCUGUCGUUAAUUGGUCACGGUGGCAUGGGGAAGACUACGUUGGCUCAACGUGUUUGUGAAGAAAUGGUUAGGAAGAAUUUCAAGGUUAUAUGGGUGUGUGUAUCUGAUCGCUUUGAUGUAACAUCUGUGACAAGUAAAAUACUAGAAUCUGCUACGGGGGCAAAACCUAAUGCUAAUUGUUUGGAGACACUACAGCAAAGCCUAAUACACAAACUGAAGUAUUCUACUGAUUUUUUGCUUGUUUUAGAUGAUGUGUGGGAAGAUAAGAAAAUAGAUAAAUGGGAAAAGUUGUUUGCUCCUCUAAGGACAGGGAAGAGUGGGAGCAAAAUUUUGUUAACAACACGGAUGCAGUCAGUAGCUGUUUUGGCCACAGAAGCCAUGGGAAUUGAAACAGAGUUCUUGUCAAUAGAAGGACUAGAAGAAGGUGAAAAUCUUGAGCUCUUCAGUCAUUCUGUAUUUUCUGGUCAGAAUCCACAAGAUUUUCCAAAUUUGAAAUCAGUCGGCAAACAAAUUGUGAAGAAACUAGGAGGAUGUCCCCUGGUAACAAAGGUUGUCGGUGGCCAUUUGCGGAGCAAUAUGAGUUUUCAACACUGGAACAAUUUCUUGCAAGAAGGUUUGCAACAUUUUAAAGGAAGUGAAGAUGAUAUUAUGGAAGUCCUCAGACUAAGCUACUACUGUCUACCAACCGACCUUCAGAUUUGCUUUCGAUACUGUAGUAUAUUCCCGCAAGAUUAUGCAUUUAAAAUGAAAGACCUAGUGCUGAUGUGGAUAGGUUCAGGACUGAUCUCAGAAGCUGGAAAUAAACCACCAAAAAGGCUUGAGGACAUUGGAGAACAGAUCUUGGCUCAAUUAGCUGGGAAAUCAUUCUUUGAAACCAAUAUCAAAGUAGAUCCGUAUAGUCAAAGGAAAGAAAAUUAUUACAUAAUGCAUGACUUAAUGCAUGAAUUGGCAAGGUAUGUAUCUUCUGGGGAAUGUGCAAGAAUAAUCAGUCCUGGCAUGUUGGAAAAUGAGAAGGAUACAGUUCGACACCUAUGUAUUUCAGGAAUUGACCAUUUAUCUACUGAGGAGGUUAAGAAGAUCUUACAUUUUAAGAAUGUGCGCACUGUUAUCAUUGAAGGCUCAGGUUUGAUUGACAGCAAUUUAUUUCAUGCAGUUGAAAAUGUUAUGGAACAAUCAAAAUCGCUGCGUCUACUGCAAUCAAAUUUGGAGAAUACAUUUCAUCUUCCAAAAAUUGCUCAUCUAAAGCACCUCUGUUAUAUUGAUCUACCUAGGAUAUCUCCUGAUACCAUAUGUGGACUUGUGAAACUUUAUCACUUAUUGCUAGUUAAAUGUUUCAAUGGUUCUCGCGAAGAGCCAAAACAAGUGAGGUAUUUGGGAAACAUUGAUCAUCUGCGAUAUGUGAAUUACGGCAAAAUUGGUGAGUUCCCAAUUGGAAGGCUCACUUCACUUCAGGAGCUGCACAACUACAGGAUCCAAGGUGGCAAAGGUAACAAAAUAAGCGCAAUCAGCAACUUGAGUACUCUUCGUGAACUAGAGGUGCUUGGUCUUGAGAAUGUUGAGAGCCAUGAAGAAGCUGACAAUGUCGAGCUAAAUGAUAAGAAAUAUAUCACCUUGUUAUCUUUGGCAUGGUCAGCACGUGCGGCUGUGGAAAACAGAAAAGAUGAGUUGCUUCUUAAUCACCUUGAGCCAUAUGCUAAUAUUGAAACACUGAGAAUUUCAGGUUAUGGUGGUGUAAGGUCUCCUAUUUGGAUUGAAAAUCUCUGCAUCAAGAACUUAGUGUCACUCGAGUUGGCAAGAUGUCUAUAUUGGGAAAAACUUCCUUCACUUGGAGAGUUAGUAUCUCUUAAACAUCUUUGGUUGGAGUGCCUUCCUAGUUUGCAACAGAUUGGUCAAUCAUCUGAGGCCUCAAGUAGUAAUUGUGUUGAUUUAUCCCUUCCUCCAAAUCUUGACACUAUGAUAGUAAGACGCUGCAAAGAGCUGAGGGCAUUGCCUAUCCUGCCUACUACCUUGGUUCAUUUUGAAACAAGUAAUGUUGGUUUGACCAAACUUCCUAGGAUAGGAAAGGAAUGCAACGAGAACCUCGAGACCAAGUCAUCCAGGCUGCUGGUCGUAGUUGUCGAAGAAUGUAAAUGUCUGAACUCACUUGAAGAGAGCCUUCUAGUGCAGGGAGACUACAUCAAAAGCAUCCAUGUCCUACGCAUCUCAGAUUGUGAAGAUCUGGAGGCUGCUCCAUUGGUAUUUGAACAGAUGAAUGAACUUAGAGAGCUUGAUAUCAGAAACUGUCCAAAGCUGAGGACAUCGAGAGGUGUUGGAGAUACAUUCCUGCCAUUAGCACUUCAAAAACUGAAUGUCAAUUACUGUGGUGAACUUGAACUUCCACUGAUUGGAGCACUACAAGGACUCACGCAUCUUUCUGAGCUGGUGUUGGAGAAGUGCAAAUACCUAGAAUCACUCCCCUCACAUGAUGUGUUCAAGAGCCUCAAGUCUCUGAAGUCUCUCGAGAUAAUAGGAUGCGAGAAUCUGUCAUCCUUAGGUGGUCUUGGUUCGCUUCAAUACCUUCUUGAGCUGAAAAUCAGUGCUUGUAGUAAGCUCAUGGCGAUCGGGUCAUCCCAAACUCCCGACGCAUCGUCUACUAGCACCCUGCAGAUAGACUAUAUUGAAAUUGAUCUGCCAGACAUACUGCAUCUUGAGCCACUCAAGGGUCUCUGUCACACCAAGGGGUUGGUGAUCAGAGGUGGAACGCAGCUGGAGAGCUUACCUGAGGAAUGGCUUCUUCAGAAUCGUGGAAAGCUCCAAUCCCUGAAGAUUUACAGUGCCAGUUCUUUGGAAUCUCUGCCCCUCCAUAUGCGAGACCUAUGCUCUCUCAACUUAUUGCUGUUAUCUGGUGCUAGGAAGCUUCAGUCGCUUCCUGAUUUCCCAUCCUCUCUGCAGAAGCUCGAUAUCACUUGCUGCUGCAAAGAACUGGAGGAGAAGGUUGGAGUAUAUGAAAGCCCUGAAUGGAAUAAUAUCUCCCAUAUUGCCAGGGUGCACAUAGGAGAUUCAUACUUCAUGGACGGCAAAAAAUGCAGUGAAGAGACUUUGGACAGACAGCAGUGAUGAAAUACUGGUUCAAGCAUAAGCAUUUGCUUUCUACUGAAAUCUAGGCAAACUCUGUUUCUGUUACCAUGAUCUUUGCUAGAAGCUUGUUAUUUGCUACCGUUAAUAGCCUUAUUACUCUUUUCAUUUUAAGCUACGGAAUCUCUAAAAAAACGUUCGACAGUUUUUAUCUUCCAAAACUUUCGAAUUUAUAGUCUGUUAAUUUGUUCUCUCUCUUAGCUACUACAGUGAGAGUGUAAUGGCUAAUUGUAUAGCAUCGUCAAUGUGGAUUCAGACCUAGUAAAAACAGAGCAGUGACUGUUUACAGUUGUGUUAUA